AUACACAUGUGCAAACUUUGCCCAUGUACGACACUCCUCAAAACCUGUGGGGCUCAACUUCAGCGCCUUUCCGACUCCGUUUGAAGAGGCAAACUCCGUUCAGCCGGGGAUUUCUCUGAGCACACGAGGAUCCUUCUCGGUCCGAAAACUUUUCCCCCCUAAGCUGGGAGUCACUAUAGAAAAUGUCUGCUUCGGUGCUGUCUUCCAUGUAUGAUUUCGACAGGGAAAAAGUCCCAAAUUCAAAUGCAGUCUAUUUCCACAAUAUGCUGGAAAAGAGGAAUGUUGGGGUCCCAUUCGCUGCUUCCAAUACCAACAGCAACAGGUCUUUUGAUCAUUUCAGGAGUAACUCCACAAACCACAUGGACUUCAACAUGAGCAACAGGCUCCAGAUCGGUUUCGAGAGCUCGACACCAGGCUUCAUGAAUAAAGAAAACAAGUACAGAGACCGUGCGUUCAGUGACACAGGAGUACGCAGUCAACAACUUCAGGAAAUCCUUCAACAAAAGCCUGGCUCUCAGAUCAACUUGACCCGCUACAAAACCGAACUUUGCAGGCCUUUUGAGGAAAAUGGCUCGUGCAAGUAUGGGGAAAAGUGUCAGUUCGCUCAUGGCUAUCACGAACUGAGAAACCUGUCCCGCCACCCAAAGUACAAGACCGAGCCAUGCCGCACAUUCCACACUAUAGGUUUCUGUCCAUACGGCCCCCGCUGCCACUUCAUUCACAACGCGGAUGAGCGAAGAGCUGCUAUGAGUAACUCUCAACUAAGGAUCAGCAGGGAGAUUGGUGUCCUGGAAGAGAAGCAAUCAUCAAACUCAUUCCUGAGACUGAGGGAAAGACCAAAGCUACACCACAGCCUGAGCUUUUCUGGCUUCUCCAGCUCCUGCAGCAAUGAGUCUGCUUUGAUUGACAGCCCAACAUCACGCACGCCCCCACCGCCCACCUGCACACUCACUCCCAGCUCACCCUUUCUGAAUGCGUUCACUUUCCCCGAUCAGGAUCUUAAGGCUUUUCUUGCACCCAUCAUCCCUCAGACCCAAAGUCAGAGCAGCGGUGGCUUGUAUGGUAACAUCCAGACCAGCGCUUGCCCCCCAUCACCGCCUUUCAAAAUGAGCCAAUGUCCCUCCAUGCAUCCACUCUCAGAGUCUCCAGUGUUCGAUUCUCCACCAAGCCCGCCGGAUUCCCUCUCUGAUCCUGAGGGAUACCUGAGUGGCUCUUGCUGUUCCUCUGGCACAAUCAGCGGCUCGGAGUCGCCCAGUAUGGAUGCAAAUAGACGUUUGCCAAUCUUCAGCAGGCUGUCGAUUUCAGACGAUUGACUUGGUGUUAUUGUUAGCCUUUUAUCCAAGUAGUGCCAACAUGAGUUUCAGGUCAAAUAUCAAUCUCAGCCAUUGGUUCUCUCUGAGUGUUUGUCUCAUGAUUGAGAUCUGAUUAUAUUAUUUUUUUCUUUCUCAUUUUCCCUUGUAAUGACAAACCAAGAUGAUGGCUUCAACAGUCUGGAAAAAGGCCUAUUUAGAAGUAACUAUCUUGGGGAAACAUUCCAUAAGUUUGGAAAGCAUGUGAGAGCACAAGAACUGGGACUCAUAAGUUGGUCAUGGAAUGUCACUGCAGAUUUUUUUUUUUUUAAUUGUGUGGUAUAGCUGCAUUUUGCAUCAUGCUUCGAAAUCUAUUUAACUUAUUUAUUGUCAUGUGCAAGUACAGCGUUCAAGGAUAAAUUGAGUCCAUAUGGUAUUUAUCUAAUCUAAAGCAAUACACUUAUUUACCCGUUUAAAUUGUGAUCGUCAAUAUUAAUCUGGAAACCGUUGAGUUUGUCUCAAUAUAUUUUUGUUAACUCAUUUAUUUUAGUGUAAAUAGGUAAAUAACUUAAGAUUGUAUGCUAUUUAUUUAAAUUUGUUUACACUGUGUCUGUGUGUGUAUAUUAAAAACUGGGAGCGUC